CAAAUCACCCUGGUGAUCGCUCGCAGCAACUGACUUUCUCUCCGACUUCGUUGCCAGAGAAAGCAGACGUUGUUUUUUGGCGGUGUCCUGAUCGCGCCGACUCUCUCUCCAUGUGCCUACUGUAAAGCCUUGUCUACCGUCAAUCUGUCACGCUGGCUCGAUUAAAGGGCUUACUCGUCCUCCUCGCCUCCAUCGCCUUCUUCUCCCUCGUGACCAUCAUCAGCCUGGCUCCCUUUCGUGCGACUCCCCGGCUAGGUUCGAUUUUGAACCAAGUCCGACCCUUCAAGCCAGCCUCUUCCUCCACGACCUCUCUGAGACCGGUGACAACCUCCAGCAUGGCUUCUCCAAAGUUUCGCAAGCCUCCGCAGGCGCCCCCAAGCUUCACGGCAACUCCUGAGUCACUCGUGAAGGACACGAAGGACAUGUUGGCUGGUUCAAAGAAGAUCACGGACGAUAUCGUUGCUCAAAUUGCGCAGAAGGAUGCGACGUUUCAGAAUGUGCUUCUUCCCAUGGCGCAUGACGAGAACCAGCAAACAUUGAAAGCCCACAUCCUAGGAUUCUACCAGUCCGUCUCCACUGAUCAGGCACUGCGCGAUGCCUCAACUGAAGCAGAGAAACUUAUGGACGACUUCAGCAUUGAGGCUGCCAUGCGGGAAGACGUCUUCAACCUGGUGGACGCCGUACUCAAGAAGGGGGACAAGCUGGAUCCCGAGUCUCAGAGGUUGCUAGAGAAGGAGCAUAAGGCUUUUGUGCGAAAUGGCUUGAAUAUUCCAGCUGGACCGAAGCGGGACCGAUUCAAGGAAAUCAAGAAGAGACUCAGCCAGCUAGGCAUCGCCUUUUCCAAGAAUUUGAAUGAAGAGAAAGGCGGUCUGUGGUUUACCCCUGCAGAGCUCAACGGUGUCCCCGAAGAUGUCUUGUCUCUAUUAAAGAAAGAAGGGGACAAGUACUGGUUGACCUUCAAAUACCCAGAUCUAUUCCCUACUCUCAAAUACGCCACCAACAGCGCAACGAGACGCAAAGUCUUUGUUGCGAACGAGAACAAAUGCAACCAAAACGUCCCAUUGUUUCGGGAAGCCAUUCUGCUCAGAGACGAAGCUGCUCGCCUGCUUGGCUAUCCCAACCAUGCUGCUUUCAGGAUCGAGGAUAAGAUGGCAAAGACCCCCAAGACAGUGGACGAUUUCCUGGCUGAUCUGCGCAACCGACUAAGCCAGGGAGGUCUGGACGAGAUUGCGACUUUGAAGAAGAUGAAGGAAGAAGACCUGAAAUCUCGUGGCGAGGACUACGACGGGCGCUACUAUCUGUGGGAUCACCGCUUUUACGAUCGUAUGAUGGAGGAGAAGGACUACCAGCUGGACCAACAGCUGAUAUCAGAGUGGUUUCCACUACAAACUACGAUCAAAGGCAUGCUUGAAAUCUUUGAACAGAUAUUUGGCCUGGUCUUUGUGGAAAUUGUGGGCAAGGACCGAGACGCUGUUUCUCCUUCUGGCAAGGGUGGCGAUAUUGUGUGGCACGAAGAAGUCCAGGUCUUCAGUGUUUGGGAUGACGAAGGCGAGGGCGGCGGGUUUGUGGGAUAUCUAUACUUGGAUCUGUUCCCUCGCACCGGCAAAUAUGGACAUGCUGCCAACUUCAAUCUCCAACCGGGAUUCAUUCAACAAAACGGAACGAGGAGAUACCCAGCUACAGCUCUCGUGUGCAACUUCUCCAAACCCACGGCAAAGAAGCCCAGUCUCCUGAAGCACGAUGAAGUCACCACCCUCUUCCACGAACUCGGCCACGGCAUUCAUGAUCUUGUAUCCCGUACAACCUACUCACGAUUCCACGGUACCAACACUGUCAGAGAUUUUGUCGAAGCACCGAGCCAAAUGUUGGAGAAUUGGUGCUGGACGCCAUCGCAACUCAAAUCUCUGAGCAGGCACUAUUCAACCCUAUCCUCCGACUAUUACGAGGCAUGGAAAGAGGCAGCUGCAGCCGGCGGCUCAGACGUCAAAAAGCCCGAGGAACGCAUCCCAGAUGAUCUGAUACAAAAACUGAUCAAGACGAAGAACCUCAACGGCGCUUUGUUCAAUCUGCGCCAACUCCACUUUGGCAUCUUUGACAUGACAAUACACGAGCCCAAAGACCACGCCAGCCUUGAGGCGAUGCACAUAUCCGAGACGUACAACGAGUUGAGGAAGGAUAUCAGCAAGAUUGACGGGCCAGAAGUAUUUGGCGAAGGCAACGCGUGGGGUAACGGGCAAGCCACUUUUGGCCAUCUGAUGGGCGGUUAUGACGCCGGCUACUACGGCUACCUGUCCUCCCAGGUCUACUCGACGGACAUGUUCUACACAGUCUUCAGGCAGAAUCCAAUGGAUCCCAAGGAAGGCCGUCGCUACCGCCACACCGUCCUCGAAAAGGGCGGCAGCCAAGACGAGAUGAAGACCCUGGUCGAUUUCCUCGGCAGGGAGCCCAAGACCGAUGCCUUUUACGAGGAGCUCGGGCUCACCAAGGGAACGCAGUCCGGCGCCUCAACGACGUGAAAUUCGCGUUGUUCCUCGCGUUUGAUGGCGCCGUGUGGUUUCUCCGGUUUGUACAUAUUUCUCCUCAGACCCGAGAGACGACCCUUUUUUUUUGGAUAGCUAGAUAUUCCAUGCGCCUUUGCCGAGAGAUUUCUGGCCAUAAGAUCGCAUACAAUAGAAUAACUUGUCCCAAAA